UUCUCGUGACUGCGGGCGGCUGUGCGCGGCGGUGGGAAGGAGGAGAAGGUGGAUGAGGAGAGGGAAGAUUCGCGACGCGAGCGGGGAUGGACGUAAGAGAGCGCGAGGUCGAGCGCUACGUAGGGGUUGCACGAACCGAGGGGGCAGAGAGAGAAAGAUAGAGGGGAGAGACACGGCAAGGGGAUGGGAGGGAGAGUGCGCUAUCGGCAAGAGUCUCGGUCACAAUCAGCAACUCGGAGGCGCUCAGUUUGUGUCGGAUCUCCGUCGCAGUCGGUUCGUUCUUGUACUACGAUACUGUCGUGUUGUGUACUCCGUUUUCAUUCUCUCUUUCUCUCUCCUAUCUCUCUCUCUCUCUCCUCUCCGUUUCUCCCUCCCUCCCUCCGCGGUUCGUCCGCCAUUUCUCUCUUUUUGUCUCUCUCUCUCUCUCCCGUCAACGAUACCGAGUUCCGCCCAAAGGGAAACAUAGCCGCGCUUUUCCCCGAACAAGGCGCGUCCCCGAUCCUCAUCCUUGGUGCUCCGUUUUACGUGUGCGAAGUGUACUUUGCUAAUCGAAAGUUCAAUCAGUCUACGAUAUGUUUCUGUGCUUUGCAGCGUGAGAGGUUUCGUCGCGCGAUCGUUGCGACCGCCGUUGCUUUUCGUCAUCGCAGUGGUAACGUCACAUACCACGUAUACCUCCUCCUCGUCGUUGGCAGUGCGCGCUUCUUGGAUACGCGGUUACGCACGCACGCAUGGACAAGCAACGGCGGCGACGCGGUACUGCCCAAUGAUGGCCGUGCCGAGCAUUACCGUUGACGUAGUGAUGUAUUAUUAGUGGUGCGCGUCGCGGGAAAGUUCUGUGUCGCUCGUAUAUCUUUCUCUCUUUGCUCACUUCACUCCGUAUCUCAGUUUCGAUAUUAAACGCGAAGUGUGCUCCUCGUCAUCGUCGGAAAUCAUCAGUGAUCGCCGUUAAGGGAAGGCACGAUAUACGUACGUGUAUUUCGCCCAUCCCGCCCGCCUACGCGAGUUUACGCAGUGAGAGUUUGAUAUCAGUGUACGACAGUUUUACUCGCUCUCUGUGUGGAUUAUCAUAUUGGAUAUACUCGUUUACGACCCACAACACACACAUCCUCGCAGGCCACGGACUGAGAGAUCGACAGAUUCCGGCGAAGUCUGCCUCAAAGAAAUUCCGUGAGCAAGAAUCGGAAACGGUGCUGAUCCUUCCCUCUGGCAACAACCGGGACGAUCUUUCACUCGGAAAAUAAAAAUCUCGGGGAUAAGAAUCGAAUGGGAAUUUAUAUAUUUUAAAUUCAUCCCUGUGGGCCUCGCAUGUAUGGUACAGCCUGCAUAACGAUCCUUCAACAUAUGGCACUGCGAUGAACAAGAUGCAGAGACAAAGUCGGCGUAGCUCGGAGGUGGAGGUUGCGCUUAUGCGCCCUGUAAGCACAGCUGGCUAAUAGCCGUCCCCGACACCCUGCAGCCACACCAGAUUAGCAGUUGGCGUGACAUGGAUGUGAGCUUCACGAACGUGUUAGAGGGGGCUCGCCAGUACUUCCAGGGACUGCCUGUACCGAGUACAGGUGGUGGCGCAGCUACAUCAGUGGAUCUCCACGCAACAUCCUCCACGAAUUCCGCCUCGUCCACAUCGACGCACGAUCAUGAUGCGUCGCAGCCGACUCAGUCAAACUCGACUUCCGCCAACAGCAGCAGCAAUGUCCAGGAGUCGAAUCGUUACCCCAUUGACGUCAGACCGUCGUUGUCGGUGGAGAGCAGUAAUGCUGCUUCCGCUUCUAGUUUCUGGAAUCCGCACGUGGAACCUUAUCCACCGCAGCCGACCAAGGUUGAAGUUUCGGACACGAGACCAGGGGAUGAAAGCUCCGCCAUGGAACCCAGUUCUUCCUCCUCGGGCACCGUUACUUUAACCGAAAUGCAACCUUCUAAUCAUCAGUCCUCUUCCUCUUCAUCCGCCGUCGCCUCUAUCGUCGCAUCGUCAACGAAUUUCUCGCAGAGAUCACCACCAGCAUCGUCAUCGUCUUCGUCUACCCCGUCCUCCAGCGAUCAUAAUCAUCAUCACCAGUUGCAUACUUCAACCUCGAACGUGUCGUCACAUUUGCAUCAGAUGCAACCACCUCAGCCACAUUCCCCGGGACCGGUGUAUCAGCAACUCAACAGCGUUAGCAGAUCAUCUUUUAACACGGCGGAAAUGCUCGCCUCUUCUUCAUCACACUCCGUUUCGACUUAUCAGACCGCGAGCAACAAUGAUCGGCAGUCACAACCAAUUGUUGUGCAGAGGACUCAAUAUUAUCCGCGUUAUCAUCAUCCGGAUAUCACGAAAUGUGCACCGGCUCCAUACUCCCAGAGUUCCAUUUAUCAGUCCGCUAACGUAGCGCAGCCUUCAAGCACGGUUCAACAACCGAGCACAAGGCCGACACCGAUGGAGCAGAACAACGCGUCGUCGUCCGGAAUCGUCGCUCAAGGACACUGUCCGCCGGAACAGCAACGAGUACCCGGCACUUACGGCAACAAUGUGCCGUCCGUUCAGAAUCCUAUUGGCGGGUCUAAUGUAUAUGGAUCCGGCUCCUCUUCCUCCUCCUCUUCCUCUCAGAAUUACCGUUCCGCCAAUCAAUAUCAGCAACAGGCCCAUCGUUUGGCGCAAGCUUCUGCUUCGAGUCUCAAUGACAGAUCGCAUAGCUCGGAUGCGCACUCUUCCACCGUUCCUUUUUCCUCAUCGUCAAUGGUCAGUCCGCGUCAGCCCGCUGCAGGCAAUUCCUCCUCCAGUUACAUUCCUUCGCAGUCGCAAUCGCAGAAUCUUCCGGGGCACAUUCCGUCGCCGUCCGCUGUCUCCUCGGUGCACCAUCAACAACAACAGCAGCAACAGUCGUCGUCGCUGCAGCAGCAACAUCCUAGUCGUAUAAACGUGUCACCACACGGUUCGCACGCUUCCUCAUAUGGAAAUCGCGUGCUACCGCCACCCACGCAUAGUGCUCCAACGCCGACCUCUUCCGCCGCGGCGAUAAACCAUUCGCAGCAGCAUAUGCCACCACCGAGCGGCUACCAUGUGGGAACAACGCCGUCGCCGCAUCACGAGAUGUCGUCGCAUCAUGCAACUCCGUCGCCGCAUCACGCAACUCCGUCUCCGCAGCGGCAGUCGCCUCAUGUGUCCAAUCUACACAAUCCGCAUGCAUCUCCAUCUCCUCAUCAUACACCUUCUCCGCACAACAGCUUUCAGCCACACUCGCCGACCUAUCCGCCGCCGCCACCGCCGGCUUCGUCGAGGUCGACGCCGCAUUCGUACAACUUGCCAUCGGCCACCUCUCAACAUUAUCAAACGAAUUACGUGGCGACAGCUCGUGACACGACGAUGCCCUUGCCUUUCGCACCGCCGCCAUCAUCCCAAUCUUCGUACCAUUCCUUCCAGAAGAGCUCGCAAUCGGAGGCUCAAGGGAAUACUUAUUAUUCUCAAUCCGGCCGAUCUCACAGUCAAUCGUAUGGUAUGCAACAAAUGCUAGUGCCGCCGCAGACGAUAUUUCCCGGCACACCUAGUAGUAACAAUCUAAGUAGCUAUCAGCAAAGCGGCAGCAAGCAUACCAUAUACAAUGGUGCGGAAAUGACGAAGAGAAAUGCGAUAGAUGUUACAGCACCCUAUGCUACGCAUCGUUCAUCUGCGCAAAGGAGCAGCAACACGCACAACCUGCCACCCAUUGCCGCUCUUUCAUCUUAUCAUUCCAACAGGCGAGAAUUUUUGGAAAAAUCGGCGCAAUCAAUGGUGCAACGACAACGAAUACAUUCGACGAACGUUAACAAUAAAGUGGCGCCCGCCGCAAUACCACCAACGACACUUUCGUCGAUGGCGAUGCCCGCGCAGAGACUCGAAUAUCCGAUGACUCCGACUUCGGUAAUGAAUCACGCGAUACCGGUGAAUGGCAGGACAACCACCGUGACGAAUAUGACGUAUAGCACUCGAUAUAGCGGCCAACAAGGCUAUCUCUCGUCAUACGCCACUACGCUUGCGCCUAGUCAUCACGGCAGCAAUUCCACCAGCAGCACCACAGUGACUUCUAUCAGUCACGAUGGUAUUGGCAGCGCGAGGUCCUCGGUUUCAACAAUCCACGCGUAUCAGUCUUCCGACGAGUCGGAUCGAGCGGCGGGAUCGUCGUCUCAUCAUCAUCAUCAACAUCAUCAUCAUCAUCAGCCGCCAACGCGAAUAACAACCGAAAAUUAUGGCUACAAAGAAUAUCCUCCUUAUCAAAACUCGGCAUCGUCUAGCAGCAGUCAAACUGCCCCCGCUGCUAUGGCUUCUCCAUCGCCAAGCAGCGCAGUUCGGAAGAGGGAGUCACCUUUGGAUCUAUCUGUAAAAACAGUUAAAACAUCGGCCGAUUCCACGGCGCAGGACGAUCUUGAAGCUACCAGCACUGACAAACAUGUCAGUAGCUCGAAUUUAGGUACGACCAGGAGCAAUGUGAAUAGAUCGAUGCCACCUCCACCUGCUGUGCAUCAAUCGACACCAGCUCAGCCGUCAUAUCCUUCGUCAUACGACUCUAGACCUUCGAGUAAUAGCUCGAGGAAUUCCAUUCCCGUGACCUGUGUUCGCGCAUCGACACCACAAACAGUGUGUGCACCCAAGGUCGAUUUCCUGCCGGACUUCAACUCGGCGCCACUACGCCAUCAAUCGCACCACGAGAAUCCUCUUCGUAGGAGCACCACGCAGUUGUACGUUCCGCCCGCUCAGCCUCUCUCGUCUCAUCACGCGAACAAUUCGGCAUCACUGCCUCACAUGUCCACGUUUAAGAAACGUCCACUGCCCACGUCACUAUAUGACGGUUUGACGAUACCGCCGCCUUCAUCAUCGUCCGCUUCGUCUGCGUCGUAUCUCCAAACGAAUGAUUCCAUGUCCUCAAGAUUCUCGAAGUAUUCCCCGAUGAUGGACCCAUCACGGGUCGGUCCGUCUACACUGCCUGCGCAGGAUUACACGCCCAACUCCAACAAAUAUUAUUUAGGCGAUAACAAGGUCAAAUUCGAUCAGCAGUUCUCUCAACGUGAACGUAUGCCAUUCAAGAGGACCGGAGAAGCAAUCUAUGGCAUAGGAAGUCCCAGUAAGCAGCCUAGAGUCUCUUGGCGAGUACCGAGUACCGACAAACAGAUCGCUGAGCCGAAGCUGUCAACUGGAAGCGUGCUGAACGAACAGCAGAAACGACAAGAGAUGAGUUUGCCAGUUCCUUUACCGAACGGAACUCUAGUGACAUCCGGUGUUUACGAUCAAAGAGUCGAUAGCGGCGGCUAUUCCGCGUCGGAAUCAUCUAGAUAUCAAUCGGCUUACUGUGAUAAGAAGAUUUAUCCGGAGUCCAAAAUCGUGCGGAGCUCACCUUCAUCGUAUAAUCAUCCGGCAAUCUCGAAACCUAAUGCAAACAUGCACGUCUUGCCGCAGCAGUUAAGCGGCGCUCAACCGAUCUACUCGAAUUACCGUCAGGCACUUCAGAAGUCGGCAAGUUCUCUCUGCGCGAUGCCCGGUGGCCAGCCGAUGGAUCAACCUAGCAACACUGGCGCUGACAAAAGAGUGUUAAGUUUGCUAAGGAACAGUCUAGAGAACAAACAGCAGAGGGAUGAACAGCUCAACAGCCAGCAGCCUAUUUUGGUUAACCAUAGUCAGCAAAGCUUUCAGAAUAAGGUUGUCGCACCAGUCGAACCUAAAACGAACAUCGGCAGACACAAUCUGUCACCAUUCACGGCGGCAAGUCUGCUAGAGCGUAACAGCAAUACACCGCCUCAUUAUAAGCUCCACGUUCCGCGAGCAGUAGACUCGAUCACUCAGGAGGCACCGCGCAGCAUGUACGCUUCGAGGGUGAAUGCAUCCGCCACGUUACCUGGCAAGGAGGCUUCCCUCGUGGGACCUCGCGGCGCCGAGAAUCAGAUUCAUCGUGACAAGGAUGACGGUCUCGCCGCCAUCUUAGCCGCGAAAAUUAGGACGAAGGCAGAACUCAAACAAGUCGGGAUCGGGCAGUUUACAACGAAAGCACCUCAGGAUAUGUUGUCCACGCCGAAAGAGAUUGAUAAUGCUGCCUCGACAUCGACACCACCGCAAUCCGGUUCAUCCGCGGGCAGUCCGCCGAAAUUAACGCGCGAAAAAACGGUCUGCUUGCCGCCUAGAAGACGCUUAUUCUCGAGAACUGAGGACGACAACAUGCCCGUAGCCGCUACCGUGCCCGCCGUCGUCACAAUCGCAUCCACGGUACCGGCUAGAGCGAGCGGAUGCAGAAGUUCGUCCGAAACGUCGGUUUUCGACUUCCGGGAGAGCGAUUCCGAAGGCGAGAUGCCGGUUCUCGAGCGGCAAACUUUAGAGGAAAUGAGGAGGGACAGGAAACAGUUAUCCAAAGUGCAACCCCCGAUUCCCCUUAAUGAUGCGGUGUGUAUGAAUAUGGCAUCCUCGACAGAUCUCGUGAAGAUAGAGCUGAAGGAAAACGAUAAAAUCAAUGACAUGGAUCCAUUUUGGAGUACCGCUUGUGAUAAGUUUAUAGAACAAUUACGUACUGGCGACUCCGCGAAGAAACGAGGACGCAGGAAAAAAUUGGGUGGUACCACAACGUUGAAGCUCGAGGAAGCAACUAACGACAGCGACAAGGAAUCUGAUACCAACGCAUCGCAAUCUUGCAGAUCCGAAGAUAUUAAGGAAUCGCUAGAAACGAAUAAAGAAGACAAAAAUUCGAUCUUGAAGGACAUCAAGAUCAAGAUAGAACCUGGGUUGAAGAAGGAUGACGAUAAACACUCAAACGACGAUUCGGACGAAAUACCGCUAAUUAAAAGAAAAAAGCAGGAGGUGAAGAAGGAAGAUAGUGAUUGCGAUGAGGAAGUGAUAUGCCAGAGGAGACGAAAUCGUCGUGGCAGUAGGAUUAAGCUUGAAUCCUCCAGUGGUAGUGAAUCCUCGAGCGAGGAUAGCGAUGCCAGUACUGAGUUUCAUGGCUCUUCAGUGGCUGACAGACUUCGAGCUAGAAAACGAUCUAUGGCUAACGUGUCCGAGGGUAUGAAGCUUCGUUCAAGAGACGCUACUCCUCAUAAAGUGAAGACAGAGAAGGAGUCCAAAGUAUCCACACCUCCCAAAGGUGGAACUUCGCAAAAAGCAAAACCAAAACCGUUGUUCGGCGAUGGCAGUGAUUUCAGGCCUGGAUGGGAAGAAGAGGUUUAUGUGUAUAAAAGGUCUCUAAGAAUGCCACCUAGAUUAAUAACAGUGUCAAAACCAUCACGUUUUCACCGUCUGUCCACAUCGUUGCCAGAUUUGGAUCCUGGUUCGCCAGCACUUUCCGUCUCAAUGGAUAGUUCCGACGUAUGUCUCAGUCGUAAUAAGAGAUUAAUAAUAGAUAGCGAUAUGGAAUCCAAUUACAGCUUCAGCAUCACUGGACUCGGUAGCAAAAUUGAUGAUGAGGAAGCGACUUCGUCAACCACCGUUUCUUGUCCCCCGAAGACUAUGCUGAAACAUUUCCGAUCGGAGAAUAAUUCCAUUGUCGAUGUUCUCGCACAAAAAGUCGGAAGUAGUGGUAGCAGUCAGAAGGACUUGAAGAAGAAGCAGAACUCGAAGGGUAGUAAGGUUUUUAAUAAAAACAGUAACGAGCCAGAACUUUUGCCGACGCCUAGUCUCACACCGCUUGUUUCAUCCGAGACAUCAAAGAAUUCUAAAAAUAAGGUCUCGUUGAAAAAUAAUAAAAACUCGAUUAAAGUCGCCAACUCCGUCCUUCUCGGUUAUUUCCGCAAAGAGACGGUCAAUAAUUUCCGCGAUGCAUUCAAAAACAAUCAUACUCUACCCAACGAGUUCUCUACUAUGGUUCUGAAAAGCAGAACAAGAACGGAGACAAAGAUCUUGAAAAAGGAAGCAACUAUUCGUGAAGUAUUUGGUGAGGAUAGACCUGCAUCAGCUCCGCCAAUGCAAAAUCAUGACGAUACAUCUCAAGACGAUGAUUCGCAGAACGAGACGCCGGAAACUGUGUUGGGCAAAGUACGAACGUUGAAGCAGAAAGUAGUAUCCCGUUUGAGAAACGCCGGAAUAUUACGAAGUCACAAGGCGAUUGCGAACUCUAAACGUCGGUUGUUAACCGCCGAGAGGCGGAAGGAUUUGCUCAAGUCGCUUGCGAAUAAAAAACUACAUUGUAUCAAAACUGAGAUGGAACAGGAUGAGACGAAUGACGUUAGGGAAGAGGAAAAUAAUGAUGAAGAUGACAAGAACGAUUUAGAAAUUCGUAAUAAAAAGAAGUUGAAACUCCGACCUGGUCGACGGAAAUUCAGUUCUGGAUUUGACUACAUUCGUAAGAAGAAAAAACCGCUAAAGAGAGACGAGGCAUUGCCGAAAGAAAGGAAAAGACAAAGCCAAGCUAACAAACCAAGUCCGGAAUGUGUGGCCGAUAUUCAAUCCGAAAUCAGGACGUGGGUUAUCAAAAAAGGCGUUGGGGAAACCAUAUUACACCGCGCUGCCCGUCUUGGUUACACGGAUGUGACUGCUUAUUGUUUGGAGAAGCUCAAUAGUACGCCAAGUCCUAAAGACAAUGCGGGAUACACGCCACUUCAUGAGGCAUGUUCCAAAGGUCAUCUGGAGAUCGCAAAACUCUUGUUGGCUUACGGCGCAAACGUUAGCGAGAGUGCUAACGGUGGUAUCAGACCGCUUCACGAAGCAGCGGAAAAUGGUGCUACGGAGCUUGUACGGUUGCUGCUAUCAUACGGUGCAGAUCCAUUAUUGGCUACUUACUCCGGACAAACGCCGUUAAUGUUGGCCGUUGACACCGAAGCUAACUCUAUUCUAGAACAGCACUUGGAUGAUAUUCAAGGUCGUGUCACUGUGCCAUGGUCAUUUGCUGGUCCAGCUUCUAUUUUCGAUCCGGAAGAAACGGGCUACAAUCCGCUUGAUGACGUUCCAUCGGACAAUCUUGAGUCAGUUGAGUUAAACGAUGUCGAAAUGGAAGUAAGCGAUAUCAAUCUACCUGUCCUCUUCACCCUGAACAACGAUCCCGACAAAUGGGUGCUACUUCAAGAUCUCAUGGCAAUUUUGCGAAUAAAGAGUCGCGACGCUCUUCUCCGUCAAAUUAAUCCAAAGGCUCACUCCGGGCCACCUGCAAUUGCGCAUCGUGACGUCAUGCGCGAACUAAAGCUGCCGGAUUUCCUGGAACAGACACGUUGUUGUCAUUUACUAAGCGGAGGCGAAAGAAUCAAUGUACGUGGUUCCAAAGUCACACUCAUCAAGUACAACGACAAGGUGAAAUCCUUGCUAAACGUGGAAAAGGUGUUGAUUAAUCUUAGGUGACAGGAGGCAUCUCUGGGGCAAUCAUCUCCCCAGAUAUCAAAACCAUCGACCUCGAUUCUAACUAAGGAACAUCAUAAGAAAGUCGAAGAUAAAAACAGCACCACAACUGCUAUCGUAAAACGCCAACGACAACAGGGAAGGAAACGACAAGAGACACGUAAUAAAAAUUCUAGUGGUUAAUUCUACAGUAAAUUUUACAGUAAAUGUAUCCAGAUUGAACAAUAAUUGUGAAUGUUGUGACUCGAAAGUUAAGGAUUUCUCUUGAAUGUGGCUGUUACAAAGAACAGAAAAUUUUAGUAAAGAAAUUAGAUGUGUUAAGAAAAAGAAGAAGUGCAAAUUACUAAAAUAUGUCGCAAGAAUUUUACAUUAAUGGUAAUUUUAUGCAAGUCUAAAAAAAUCCUCUGUUUCUUGUCGAUUUGUCUUACGCUUUAAACUGAUCGAUACUCAUAAUUGAUUUUUUUUCUCGGUCUCUAUUUUAUAAUAUAUAAUAUAAUAAAAUAGAACUUGAGUAAAGUAAUAGGAAACAUUUAAUGAUUCCAUGGAUUCGAAUAUCAAUUAAUGAAUUUAUCGAUCAAUCUCUCCUGUUAAUGUCUUUCGCGCGAUAUAAAGAACCGAUUAUUUGGCUGAAUAUAUGAUAUAGGAAAGCACAAAUUUCGAAGCAUAUAGUCAUUGCAAUAUAAUAAACGGAAUGAUCUAAUGUGCAGCUAAGAGUAUAAAGAUAACGAGAACUAUCUGUGACAUUAUAUAACAGUAUUUAAUUCGGAUAUACGUAAUACGCAUAUAUCCACAGAACGAGGAUAUUUUAUUACUUCUCUUAAGGACUGAUUAAACAAUCAGAAAUUUGUUAAUGUAAUGCUUUUAGGCGAAUAAAAAAGGAGGAAUGUUCUUUAAAUGAUGACGGCAAUGGACAAAUGACAAAAGUCUCUUUAAAGAACUUUUUAAAUGUCGAAUCAAGAGAGAGUUCCAAGAAAGCGAAAUAGUAAUAAUAUAAAAUAACGAUAUAAUGUAAAUAAUAAUAAAUUAUAUUAGGAAUCCAUAAAAAUACAUAUAGCUAUGUCGUACCAGAUAUAUUUUUAUCUUGCACAUGGCUUUAGGAAGUUUUCUUUUUUAAGGGACGACUUUACUCCGAGAUUCGCGGAAUCGGAACAUUUGUUAACGCGCUUGUGUUAAUUUUUUUCGAGUUAUAAUUAUAAAAUAUAUCGUUAGGUUACAAGAAAAUUACGGAUGAAAAUUAAGACCUUAAUAUAAUUUAAAUCAUUCUCGCAAUUGAUCAUGUUACCAUAUUGUAAUCUCAUUCUUGUUUUUCUUUAUGUUAUGGGAGGAUUGUAUAUGUCGUAUAUGUUAUAUUUAUGCAAUGUGUUAAUUGAUCAUUGGGAAUAGGUGCUUGAAAAAUUGAAUUGAAUUGCAAUUUAUUAAAUUCAAAAUUAAUAUUUCAUCCGUUGAAGACAAGUUGAUACUGUCACACAUAAAAGUGCAUAUCUUGUCAUAUCUAGUUCUAUUUUCUAUCUGUUCUAGUUUCAAUCUUUACUUCUAUAAGAAGAUAUUCGUUUUUUCGUAUAGUUUCAAUAUAGCAAUUAAUUAAUUCGAAUGAAAGAUAGACUCAGCGGAUAUUAAUGGCUCAAUUCUUAUGAUAUGGGAAGUGCAAUUCGCGAAAUAAUCAUUUUGUUAAUUGCCUAGAUGCAUUGAUCAUACAUUGUUUCUAGAAGUGUAGAGAUCUAGGAAAUUAUUUCGAGAGUUUAUAUCUCUCUCGGCCGAAUGUCGUCGAGCAAUGCUCAUUGUGCAAUAAUUUUUUUUUUUACAUUUUGUCUUCGAGUCACUUCUGUUUUUGUGAUGUGUCGGGAUAACUUUAAUGCAUCGUAUCGGCGAUUCCAGAUACUCGCUAAGAAAACAACUCUAAAAUAGAAAAAGAAUUUCUUGUAGAGUAAUAUCCAUGGGAGAAUUCAAUUAAUAAAAUGCAAUGAAUCACGAGAAGGCUCAAAUUGAACAUAUUUAAUAAUAAUAAAGUCGCAUAUUUUUUAUUGUAAUUAAUCAGAAAUGUGAAAUUUGAAGACAAUUUGUAAAGAGAGAUAUGAUAGCGAGUUUCGAUCACCGAAACGACGCUGUGUUCGAUCGAAGCAAUUUAGGAGGCGUAUUUCAGGGGGAGGUGAGUUAUUUUAAAUCUUGACAGAAUCAGAGUUCGAUCAAUUGUACUUAUCGUCUCGUGAUGUUCCUAUACGUUAAUCUUAGAGGAGAAAACGAAUAUUUAGUAUAUGCGGACGUUACGGGACGAGAUGCAAAGAAGAAGAGGCGCGGAAUAGCUUGAUUCGUAAUGCUUAAGAUAUACCGUAAUACGCCUUUUUUUGGCGCCGCAUAGCACAAAGGUUUCAAACGUUAUAAUCAGUCUCAGGGAAAAAUCCACGUGUAUUCUUGAAAAAUAACUUGAUGGUGUACCAAUCACUGGCGACGUAUUUGUAUGUACGAACGCAACGCACCACUGUGUGUAUAUGUGUACAGUAGUUAGCUGAAGAGAAAGAUUCGCUUCUUUCGCGAGCGAUGAUUAAUUGUAAUAUCGAACUAAUAUCGAGUGAUACUAAUUAAUGUUAAUACGAUGCAACGUCGCAUGAUGCGAUUUGCAUACGCUCAGGCGGCUUCUUAUAAUUUUAUUUAGCUGACACGAAUGAACAGAGAGUGCAGUUAUGCUACGAAUUGUACAUACACAUACUGACAUAUUUUCAGUAAAGAAAACUGCAAAAACAAAAAUAAAAGUAUAAGACGGGAGCGAAAUAUGUUAGAGUUAGUAGUAUUUCUCUUUAAUGAUAGGAAAUGUACGUGUAUAUAUAUAUAUAUAUAUAUACACAUAUGUAUCUUUUAUUCUUAAGUAGUUAAAACGUAAGACUACAAUAUGUUUAUAUUAACGCAUAUUAAUUGUGUAUAAUGUAAAGCAUUAACUGAAAUAGUCACAUUGCAUAACAUGAUAAAAUAUGUAUAUAUCUCAUGUGCGAUUACCAGAACUAUUAUUAGUACUGCUACUACCACUACCGCGAAUAUCGCUACAGCUCUAUUACUACUACUAUUACUUCAUUAUUACUAUUACUACUAUUACUAUUAUCAUUUACGACUACACGCUUUUUUAUUGUACUAUAUAUAUAUAUAUACAUAUAUAUAUAUAUACACAUAUAAGUAGUUAAUGAUGAAUGUACAUUUUCUUAGUCGUGUAAUAUUCACACAACGCCUCUCCCCUGUCGUCCCACUUGUAAUUUAUAUAUUCAAAAAACUUCUAAAUGUGUUAAAACGCUGCUGCUUUUAUGCGGAUAAAGAAACAGAAGUUAUAUAUGAAAAUAAGUAUAUAUAAAGAUGAGUAUAUAAAUAUAUAAAUAUAAAAAUAAAUAUAUAUAUACAAAUAUAUUUUAUUUCAGAGGUUUAGUUCGAAAUAACGUUGACGAACAAAUUAGUCUUACUGUGAUUCGUGUAAAAAGUAAUUAUCGUUAUUAUUGUCUUUACCGUAGCCGUUAUAAGCGAGUCACUUCGACGAAUGACUUUCUAAGAAAAAAAUAUUUGUGAUUUUUUUUCGCUGAUAACAAUGAGUUAUAUCCUAUCGAUGUAAUAAAAAAAGUAUUUUUACCGAAA